AUGGCUAAUACUUCCAGCGACGAAGAAACUGGCCGACGAAAAUCAAUUAAACAACACCGGAACCCGUUUGACAAGCCUUACUGGGAACUUGGUGAGCCGCCAAUGUCACCUUCAGUACGUUUCUUUAUACUUACAAAGAUAACUGUUUAGAAUGAAAGAGACUCAGAGGGAGAGUCAGUGGACACACUACCAGCACGCAUCCGGUGAUUUACAAGGUAUUGUUAGAUGACAUUAAUUUCUUUUGUAGUUUGCGAUGACCCGUCCUGCCGCGCAGUGAUGAGUAGCAUGCAGGUGAUUAAAUGUUGGCCCUUGCUAAUAUAAAACUCCUCAUUUUAAAUAGACGUUUACACUGCGUGGAACAGAGGAGGGAGAGCAGACGUGUAUGAACUGGAGGCCGCCUUCACAAGGCGGUUGAAGAGAUCCCUCGACGCCCUAUUCAGUGGGCGUUCUCAUGUGGAUCCCAUUCUAGAUGAUUCUGAUGGCUAGUAUAGCCAAAGUCUUUUUAAACUCAACAGGACCGUCGUCGUCUCGGCCGCGUAGGGAGUGAUAAUGGUAAUCUUUGUUUGUUAUAUUUUCAUGAUAACUCUUUGUAUUUUCUGCGUAAUAAUGCUUUCAUUCAACUUUCUUGGGGAGCAACGUAGUAAGUAUAAUAAUAGUUGGGACGGAAGAUGUGGAAAAGAGCAUUUGCAUGUGCUAAAACGGGAAAGUCGCAAAGGAAUGACGUCCCGCAGCUGCUUAGCGCCGUAUCGCGACUUUUCACCGUUGUUUCCAAUACGACCAAAUGAACAAAACCUUCUAAAAAUCAGUCCUACUAUGGAGACUUUUCCACAACGAGGCGCCGACGUCUCGCUACGGAUUUGCUACUAGGGAAGCUAAAUAUCAUGAAGAAUCUCAAGUCUGAGCGAGCUGCCUGAGAUCUGCAAAACAGGUAACCGAAUUCGAACUUAUCAUAUUCCCUCGCUCUGAUCAUCAACUCUUCGUUGCUACUAUAUACACAGUUUUCGAAUCAGAUGCCGACACACGUGCGUUGCCUUAGUGCUCAGUUUAGUACUGCAUCGUACGCGUUAGAGGUUCGUAACCAAACUAACUUUUUCGAGAAAAAGGCCUUAUCCUGCAAAAGUGCAGAAAGCGAUUCCGUUUGAAAAUCCUUGCGUUUCAUCUUUUUUGGUCAUCGGAAAUUCAUGAAUGUGGUGCUCUUUAAAGAACGUUCUCAUAAUUCUGUUAAUUUUUCGGUGAACCACGUUAAAAACCUGUCGGCAAUUCUUGUCUUGUUAUACUAGCCAGUUGCCUAAUAAUGCACUUACCUUUAAUAUGUGAUCUUUGACGGAGUUUCUUAAUGGUCUCUUCCGAGUCUUUCAGUGACUGGAAUUAUCACCCAAAAUUAAUUAUUCAAAACUUAACAUCAAGAAGAAUCGUGAGGCAAUUGCAGCUUGCGUGUAAAUUUCGGCCAAUCACCUGAUAGUUGGCGGAAAUAUUCCGCAAAAUCCUGCCGGUAGUCACUCGCACUGGCUUUCCCUGCGCCGUACUUUUGUCCUUAUCCAAACGUUUAUUUUAUCUUAACACGUGUCCUAUUGACUAACAUUCAAAUUUUCGACACAGUUCAGCAGCUUUCCCGUCGAACUUUGAGUCCUGACCGAGAGUUAUUCGUUUAUAAGCGUUAAUUUUGUCAGCUACCUUGGAUUCCCCUAGAUAAUAUAUUGUGGUAGGGGGCGCUCACCGAUCGUUCAUACGGAACUCACUCGUUCCGUUGUGCCUUAAGGGCUCUCUCUCGAGUCCAACCAGCAGCCGCACAGCGACGCAUGGUAUGUAGGCAGAAUGGCAUUAUCGACAAAGACAAGGGAGACUGGAAUGGCCAUUUCUGGCUUAUUAGCCGUCGUCAGCCCGAAGUGUGGAACACCCGAGCCUCGAACUCGCGACCCGUUAGUUAGAAGGCCACGCCUCUAACCACUGCGCCACGAGCCCGUUGCCCUGUCGGUUUUCGAUCGGGAAUACACAAUGGUAGGGGGCGCUCACCGAUCGUUCAUACGGAACUCCGACGACGGCUAAUAAGCCAGAAAUGGCCAUUCCAGUCUCCCUUGUCUUUGUCGGUAAUGCCAUCCUGCCUAUAUACCAUGCGUCGCUGUGCGGCUGCUGGUUGGGCUCGAGAGAGAGCUCUUAAGGCACAACGGAACGAGUGAGUUCCGUAUGCACGAUCGGUGAGCGCCCCCUACCAUUGUAUAUUCCCGAUCGAAAACCGACAUGGCAACGGGCUCGUGGCGCAGUGGCUAGAGGCGUGGACUUCCAACUAACAGGUCGCGAGUUCGAGGCUCGGGUGUUCCACACUUCGGGCUUGGGUAUGACUGGCUGACGACUGUUAAUAAGCCAGAAAUGGCCAUUCCAGUCUCCCUUGUCUUUGUCGGUAAUGCCAUAAUAUAUUGUCUAUAGGUUGCCGGUAUAGGUUAGACUUUAAUAUCUGUGGAUCGCAAUGCUUGGUAAUAUGCCUUUAGAGUAUCACAAAUAUGUGAUUUAAGCUUAUUUGGAGUCCGUUUCAUUGGAAGCGUUUGGCCACUUCAUACGCAGACCAUCAGGUUUUUGGGUGUCUUUGUACACUUUCAUGGUCUACAAUUUCUGCGAUUAAUUUUCACCCAGACCAGUUUAUGUAUGCCGCAUAAGAGCCUUCACCAGCAAGUAUAGUUAUUAACAACGUGCUCCCAAAUUCGAGACGUGGUCUGUCAGCCGAGAUAUUUUCUCGAGUCGCCACUUGUCGAAGAUUUUGGUCUUUCUUAGUUCGUCGGCACUGAGAGGUCAUCUUUAGCAACCACAGAUAAAGAUAGCUUUGGUUAUACGUAAGUAUACUGGGAUUUUUAUCGUCCGUUGUUCCUCAACAGAACCGCGAUCACUUGUUGAAUCAGCAGGACAUGCUGGGUGUUAUUUGCACGCAGCGGUUUACUUCCGCUUGACGCUGGUCAGUCGAUAACACAGGAGAAUCGAGGCAAGAUGGGGCACUUUAUCACCCACGAGGAGGCACACCGCGACGCGAAACCAUAGCAGUCAUUUCGGUUUCUGGGCGUCCUGUUUCAGGCUAAACUUGCGGGAGCCAGCGACAGUGCUCAAGAUCGGAUUGCGUUUCCUCAAGGUUAUUUCCAGGCAGAGCGGUGCCUUUAGCAUAAUAAUGUUUAAGACGAGAUAUUUCCAUACGAAAUGACUGAAAACCAUGAACAGGGCCGGAUCUACCGCACACUUAAAGAUGACCGGCCUGCGGAAGUCAACAUUACGGGAAAUAUACCAACCCUGUCCACUUAACGCUUGGUAUUUUGUUUGCAUGGGUUAUCAUGCCUUCAUCGACUAAUUGUUUUCGAGGAUAGGCCAAAACCAUCUAGGUCGUCCUUCCUGGAUGGUCUGAGAUCCCGUCUGAGCGUUUCUGCAGCGAAUGUGCACCUUCUCUCUCUCGAAUCAUUGUCGCGUUCCCAUGUCAGUGCCUUGCCUGCACACUGAUGAACUGGUUACUUAUCUACCUUCGUAUUCACGCUCCAUUUUUUGUGGAAAACAAUGUCUGAUCCUUCCAUCUUUAUUGUUUGUGUGUUCUACUCGGACAACUGAACUUCCAGUAGAUAGACAGCGCCGUACCUUAGAGAGGGCGAGUAUCCUCAGGACAUGCGUGCCUGUGUCUUAGUGUGUGCGCAUUCCAGCAAGCGACACGGACUUUCUCAAUCUACGGAAUUCUAGCUGCUCCCAUACUUGAAAUCAGACCAACUGGGACAGUUUGAACUCGUCAGUUCCCGCGGACGGUCUAGCAUGAGUCACAUCCUCUGUGCCUGAAACAGCCAUGAACAUUCGAGAGAAUGAGGCUCAAGUGAAACACCCUUAACCCCGCCCUGCGUAUGGGUGGAACCCUGCGAAGGUGGACCAACAAAGUGCUGCGUCUUCCCGUUGUAUCAUCCACGGCCAUGCUUAAUGCCCAAACUAUUAAGUACAGCGAAAUUCACAAUCUUUCUACUAAUACUCGUGAAAAGACGAGUUCCAGGGAGUAGUUGUGACAGUAACUCGGUCACCGAAGCAAUAGCAAUACCUUCAACGUUUCAAAUUCACCCUAUAACUUAUCUUCAGGGACAGUAACAGAUAAUUGUGGCGGCCGCAUAGGGAUUCCAGUACUUAUGGGGCGCAGUUGUUGCCCAACCACACCCACUGUCCAAGAAGCCUCUCCCAAUUCCACUUUAAAUGUUCAUACUUGGUCCGAUGACAGUCCGACCGUCGGUUCCGACAAUGCCCACCAUGUGUAUCACCGUAGGGCAGACCGAGGAUCGGUGACAUUGACGGGAAUUUGUUUGUUAGCCCACUGUCAAGAGACCUGAAACGGGAUUAGCCUCAGUGACUGACAGAGCUAAACAGCUCCUCUAUGUCUGUCACACACGCCUUCUCAACCAAUAGGCCAGGUUUUCACAGAAGUAAGAAGGAGGCGUUCGAAUCUCAACUGAUUGACAGUGCCAUAUAGGCGAUACUAAUUAGGAAUCAUUAUAGCCCGAAUCGCCGCCCUGAGAGGAGGACCGAGUUAUCCCGUCAGUUGGCAGCCUUCUCAGCCACGGCCAUUGGCUCACCGUGAUAGAUUCAAGCGUUUUAAAUUGUUUAAAUACGGAAUAUGUAGCGCGAGUUGACCCCACUCUCUCUUCCCUCCCUUAGGCACCAGUCCACUAUUUGAGCCGGUUAGCUAACUGAUGCUGAGAUUGGGCUCAAUGGUCGGCAGAGCUAAAAACCCCGUCUGCUCGUGUCACACGUGACCUGCCCCCAACGAAAUACAUCAGGCUUCCAAACGAGGGGGUGGACUACUCAGUUCUCACACGCAUUAGAGUUCCAUAAAGGCCACAUGGCGAAGCAGCCGAGAAACGCUUCUCUACUAGGUGAGAGUUGCCUAUUCCGUGCAUGUGCUGGAUGAUGUUCUGCAGAUUCAUUACGUUGUAUGUACUGGUGAGGGUAUGUGUGGGGACGUGGUUUGGUCGGUGCUGUAUCAACGGAGGUUUUCGUCGAUAUACAUGUGGCCGAUUAGCCCAAUGAGGUUUCUGAAUAUGCAUUAGUAGUGUGGGCAGUUGGGGCGAGGGUGGCAGGUGUAUGUUGGGGCUCAAGGUACUGGUUCACCAGUCUCAACGAUGGAUUUACAAGUGGCCGACCAAGCUGACGUGUAAUGUAGAGGUGCGACCGCAGUGAAGACAGGUUGGGUCGAGUCCGCAUUGUUGGUGGUGGGAGUACUGGUGGUUGGCGGGGCAUUGGGAGUGUUCUCACCGGUUGCGGAAAUGGAAGGGGUGGUAACCGUAACUGCCGUCUUCGUUAAGGUUGUGGCAAGGAUGAUGGAGGUAGUGGUCGACGACGUCAGCUGCGGGGCAUCAGGAGUGUGAUCACCGGUGAUGACGGAGGUGGCUGCCGUCGUGGACGCAGUGAGGGUUACGGUAGGAGUGACAAUGGAACGGGGACGUUUGCGGAGGCAACAGGUGGACUUAUCGAGUUGUUGUUGCAUCGGGCCCGGAGGUUUCCGACGAGGUCGACCCGUGCGCAGAAUGUUUGUGGACAGCGUGGGUAUGUUUGAAGGGGUUUUAUUUGGACGUUGUAGAUCGGAGACGUUUGAGAUUUGCGAACCGUUAUUGGAUCUUUGGCAAUGGCGACCCAAUGGGUUUUGUACACUGCUGCUGCAGUCUUUACGACUUUUCUCCUGGUCGGUUGAUGCUGAUUGAGGUCCCCUGUGGCCACCGGGUUGAUUUGCAGAUUUUGGAGGGAGAUUUCCACUGCCAUUGCUUCACUCCAUGAGUCACAGUAAAUGAAUCAGGGAUUGGUUCGUUGUCGGGGACGCGAAGAAUCAUCCCACUGUGAAGUUGGCGCCCAUGUAAAUGGUUCCGAGGCUCCUGCGAAACCCAUACUGGUUUUCUGGAAGACAUUCCUGCUCUAGCUACGUGUUCCGACGGUUUAGGUGGAUGCCGACGUAGAUUUGUGCUGCAAUGUUGAGUAUCGGGCUGCCCCUGUGAUUUUCGCAGAGUUUGAACAGGGCAGAGGCGAGGAAACCUGCAGAAUUCGAUGACGCCAUAAAAUUUCGCGGCACAUUGUCCAAGUCCUCCCUUUACCAAGCCCCUUCGCAUGUCAGACCAACAGUUUAUGCUUUAUUUGUCUAUCGCGCUCCAUCUUUCAAGGUCGGUUUCUAAUUGAACAGUUUGUCUUAUUAAUACGCAAUGGCCGUACGCCGUUGCAUAGGAGAUCGCGAAAUUUGCUGACGUCAUCUAACCCUGCAUGUUUUGUUGCCUUUGCCUCGUUCAAAUUUAUCUCAGGAAAACAAUGUUUCAGUCAUCACAGUCGUCGGUCCCCUUUCCGCUUGUAUAUGUGGAUGAUGGUCGCUUUCUCGAAGUCUUAGGGGCCUGUCUCUGUCGCUACAUUUUACGGAAGAUCGACAUCUGCAUGUUCAUCAUCCCAGAAUGGCCGUGCAUGUGUGCUUCGCCUGGGAUUGUGUCUGAUCACGCUGGUUUCCCUCUGGCCAUUCCCCCUGGUGUACAGCCCUGACUACUUUUAGGAGCGAAGGUGGACGGUUCUGGCCAUUGUUCAUUCCUACCUGGGGAGGAUGAUGAUGACAACGUCGGUCAUUAUUAAUGGUCGAUUAAGGACACUUCUCAAGUGCCUGGCUCAGCGCCUCAGAAUUUGCGAUUACGCUGAAAGAAGUACUGAUCUUGGUGCGGUUUCUUUGACUGUUUGGUCGUAAACCAUCCUGCUUUUCGCGAAGUUCUUUAUUUCGGCCCGCAUAUCCUUAUUAUUUUCAUCGUCUUGCCAUCCAUUCACGCACUUUGUAUCUCCCUCAGUCAUUGUCGCACUAAGUGGCGACAUCUGAAGAAGUCCUGUUUGCUUGCGUCGGUUUUAUGGUUGACGUGGUGCAAUAAUGUCUUCAUUGUCCAUAUCCAGGUCUUUGACUUACCGCGAUUUCAUCACCGGUACUGGUGAUCAGCGGCAAAUUGACCCCCCAGUAUUAUCAGCGAAAACAGUCUUCACCUAGACUUCACUCUAUUUAACUAAUCGCCCUCCCCUGCCAAAGUCUUGGCGUUGAAUGAGGAGCGAAAGGUCGUUGCUUUUGUUAGUUUUCUGCUGGCCAGAGAACCAGCUCCAAAUAACUCGCAAGGAUUGCUGCCUCGUCAUGCAUAUAAGUAAGGACAACUGAAAUCACUCCUCCCGAUGUUCGAUCAUCUACUCCCAGAGUAAUCUCCCUGUAUCAUUGAAGUAAUUGCUUCGUCCAUAGCCGCACUAGAUCUGGUGAAUUUCUAUGCCAUGCGGAUGGACAUUUUAGCCUUACUACUUAGCAUCAGGUGGUUGCUUCUGGUGAGUAAUUUGUCGAAAUUAUAGGUCACACGGAUGUGCGCCGCCUCGGGUUACGGCAUUAGUGAGCCAGGUUCCUGAGUUAUUGUCAGGCCAGUCAUAAACAGCGGAGACACGAUUGCGCCCAUCGGCGACUAGAGCGUGUACGACCAAGCCCCUUUCAUGUAAGGCAUGAAGGUCUGCGGUGGAUAUGACAGCUGCUAAUUUUGGUAGGGCUCCAAUUGCGUCUGUAAAUAUUCCACCCUCCAUCCACCCUCUCUUAUUAUGAACUUGGGAGUGAAUUUGAAACAUUAAACGGACAAACAUUCUAAACGGACAAAGUUAUGUGAGUGAUCGAGUCUUCUCAAACCUUUCACUAUUCGCACAAAACCAUCUCAUCCCGUAUGUACAUCGCACCUAUGCGUUCUGGUAUCCCGGUUUUUCGCAACAACACAAUAGCAUACUGUGACAGGCCUGUUUUUUUACGACUUGUAACAAAGGCUGUCUUCAGCAUUUAAUCCUCAUUAGUCUUACACGCCAGCAAGUUUAAGUGUCGACCUGAUCAUUUACAAUGACACAUCAACCAGAGUUCUCACUGAUAUCACUACGGCACAGGCGGAAGCAUCCGUUGCGUUGGGCGUUAAUCUGGUUGUUGCGGCUCAAAGAGUAAAGCAUAGCUCACAUUGUCCUAAGCCAAUGCUUGCACAGUCGGACUUUGCGUUUGAGAUGCAGGAAGGAACGCCCCGCCAAAUAGUGCUAUUUUCUCUCUUCCGAGCGGCCUACCUUGCAUAAUUUUCGUAUAACCAGCUGAGGAGUUCUUUUGUCCGUCGGUGACGUUGAAAGUUGCAUCUUCUGUCGAGGGCAGCGGUUUAAAAACAGGUUAGUUGUGGAAUCUAGAAGGCUUGCUAUUAGUCGUGUCCCCUAUUCACCACCCCGAUCUUUGGCUAUCUCUCCCCUCCACAAUCACUUAGUAGUAAUGACUGUCUUAAUGAUGAGGGGCCAAAAGUCCGUCAGCGAAAUCUGAAUCAGUUUAUAGAACAAUGCUCGACUCGGUGUACUGUCUUAGAUGAACGCGGCGGCUUAUCUGCCAGACCCGAUAGUCUGUUUAUUUUACGGAUAGUUUUCCUCGACGGCUGUUCCGGUAGUCGCAUAUGGACGAGCCGGGCAGUCAGCAACUAAGCUAACAGUUAAACCCAAUCGACUCUGGGCUCUCGGUCUCGAUCUGUGCUCUCUUCUCUGGAAGUCCAUUUAGAUGUUAACUAUCGCUUGGUUGCAACACAUCACUUCAAGACAACUUAUACACACCACUGGGUAUACUCUGAUCCCUCAUAACGUCUUCAACGCCACUCAUGAAUAUUCUAUCAUCCAGGUGGUCCUUUUUAUGCCUUAUAUCGCCGCUGAGCUAUUUGAAAUCAUCCUGAGAUAAGAUCGUUUUAGCUUCUGGGUAAGCCUAACUGCCCCCUCCUCCCUAAGUUCCAACGCGCGCAGAGUUUCUGUGUUGAUUUUACUCUUCAAAAACAAUUACAAAUGUUUCACGAGUCAUAUGGCUGAAAACUGAAUGAUACCUAUCUUCACGCUUGUUACCAUGAUGCUCCUCGUUAUCGUCUCUAGUUUUCUAUCUCUGUAAAUGCUUGCCGUACAUGACAUCCAGUCGUAGUGGUCGUUGAUUCUCUGCCUUACUAUACCUUACAUUCUAUUAACUGGAGAUCUGUUGGAUCAUCCAGAUAAAUUUACUUUUUCCCCACCUGGCCAACAAUUUGGGAUUAUUGACUAAUUUCCACUUGUUGUAUUCAAGCUUCAUCUUCUUCUUCCUUCUUCCUUUAGUGCCAACAGUUCAUCUGUGUGCCAUCUAUCAUGCCAGGAGCUUCACGGUUUGUUGAAAAGGCACAUCCGUUAACGUUCUUUGCAGCGUCGUUAUUGUCCCCAUUCCGAAGUCCCAGACCGCAACUCAAACCGUUAAUAGUUUGAUUAAGAGGUGUGAGCUCCUCGGUGCUGUUGAACUCUAUCCGACGAAGAUUGAAAGCUCAGUUUACCGUUCAGUAGCAGCGAAGCAAGGUAGUACGUCGUCUGUUUUAAUGCACUCUUUUCAGGACUAUGUUCAUCUUUUCAGGUCUUCACAAAUUCGGACUAUCCUGCCUCUUGUUUUGUAAUAAGUGAUAAGGAUCAAAUUCUCACCUGUGACUUGGCCUUCCGUGAGUUCCCUGGUUUCCUGAAGGGAGUGUAUGAACUUGAACAAAAACUUCAAGUGAGGGGCAUUGGAAAAAAAUACAGACUAGGCGAUUUUACUAUGAACUUCGUAUCGCUCUACCUCGGCCAAAGUCCAACUGUCAAGGGAGUCCUUUUGGAGGUUUGUGGGCAUACCCGUUAUUGGGUAGUCAACUUGAAUUUUCUUCGCCGCUUAAUCAUUCGCAUUGUCCUUUACUUUUGAGUAUUAUUUUUGCGAUAAUUUAUCAAUUUAGUUUUCUUGAAAUAUCGUAGUAAAGCGUUGUCUGUUAUUUCCUAUUACAGACAGCUCAGUUCACGUUUGGAGUCCGUACUUGGUCAAAAUAUGUGUUGACUAUGAUUUUCACUCGGCUUGGGACCAAAGACACUGCUAAUGAGGUUAUUUGAGAACCAAAUUCCGAAUUCGUAGCUCCAAAAGUAUUCGCAACCAGUUUUAGGGCAGUUUCGACGUGAUAAGGACUUUCUAACUUGAGAAUAAUGAGCUAUCGUUUACGAUUUCAGAAUUGCACUCACAGCUAUUAUUGUGGGUAUUAAAUAUCACUCAAAUCAAGGUUGGUUUCGCCAGUCUAUCGAGAUCCGUGGAUCCUUGUCCAAGCUCCAGGGCUGUGGUUAGAACGCAGCUGUCCAACUAUACCAACCUACCCAAAACGGCUUCAUUCUUAUUCGUUUGCUGUUAUUGAGUCCUCGUCACUGCGUGACUGCCCGCGUGCUCUUUAUGUUGGAGAUCCAAAGCAAAACUGGAUUUUCGCCGUUUACUUCAGCAAUCAGAAUAGACUUGUAAACACCUCGUCCACGUGGCUUAAAUGUCCCAACUUGAGAGACGAAGCCGUUGUUCAAUAGGUGAGCCUUUAAAUUUUCGAUAAUCCAAUAACCCGGAUCUCUGAGCUCAGUCUUGAGGUAUAGCUGUCUGCCAACGGCAAAUAAUCCAGACGUGGCAAUUCCACGCCUCCUGUUUUGUCGUAUUCUCUGUAAAAUGUAAUUUUCGCAUGGUUUUCUACAGCCCUACGACCAUCCUGUUUUCUGUCUCAUCAGGACAGUGGAGGUAUAAGGACGUACAGAUGAAAUAGAUGCGGCAUGGGCUGUCACAACACUACCCUUUUCUCACACCUCAACGUGGGUCCACUACUUUUGAAACAAGGAGUCCUUGACUGCAUGUUUUCAGUAGUGUUUUGCUCCUCUUCAAAAACACUUAGUCCAACAACAGAUUGCAUAAGAAUCUACGUACUAUUUUACUGGCAAAAAACCUGCUCUGCUGAGAAAUUCGGCAAGUACCGAAUUUAUUUUAGCCCAUUUGUGAAAAACUCGACGACGUCGGUGGGAUUGGAACCCACGACAGCAACUGGAAGGCUUUAGUACAUCAAACGGUCUAGCUUGCCAGCCAUACAUGAACUUGCUAGUCAUCUGGAGGAUUCUAGACGAUUUAGGAAAUUCUGCUUGGACAGCCAGCAUACUCUAUCCACUUUGGUGUAUUCCAUACCUUGCAGUAGGUUGGGCGGGAAGCAACCCAAUUGUGGUUAAACUCACGGUUCACGGCGGGACCUCGUAGCUCAGGUAGCUAUAGCAUUGGCUGUAUUAGAGCCUCCCUUUUGUUUUCGUGGGUUUCAGUCCCGCCAAGGUCGCCGAGUUUUUUACAUUUUGGUCAAAAUAAAUUGCUCAAAAUCUGCCAAAACACCUAUCGGUAAGGAAUUAUCUGACGGUUCUUUGUUUAUGCAACGUGCAAGGCGGUACGGAGAUCCGUUUUAUGGUUAUUUCGCAAAGGGAUUUUUGUUUGUCUUGGGAAAUACUGGGGUGAUAGUGAAUAGGUCGUGUCACGUUUCGUGGUGCUUUCGUCCUGUUUCUCGUUAGUUUGUGUUUUUUUAUCCUUAUAGGUUGCUUUUUUGCCAGCUUCUGCUCCCCACUUGGUUAAGUCCUUCUUGAAACUCUACUUCCCUGAAAUUCGCUCAGAAAGCGUCAAAGAUUCUAGUGAGCUUUCGGCGCGUUGCAUGCAGAAGGUCUUAGAUGAAGGAUCUUUUCCCCAGGCCCCGCCCUCGCCAAUGAAGGCCCUUUUGGGUCAGACGAUGCAGUCCUGGUCGAAUUUCGCAGACCGCCUCUCCGCCCUUCAAUACGUCGAACACCUCAACAUCCUGCGGUCUCCCACAUGCCCUCCUGUUUCUUCGUAA